UGUGAAAGAGAUGUGGAUUACCUCACACAUCUCACAUGCUGCACUGGAUAAUUCGCGCUAUUGUUGAUGAAACAAUGAAGACCGAGUGCAGUGCGCUUAUAAACCCUACAACCGGACAAACCGACAGUGAUCUUCUGGACACACAGCAACCAACAGAGAGGAGGACACUGUCACGGGCCUCUCCUUCAUGGUGUUCACACUAGUAGGCGGGGCCACACUUUCUGGAGCGGCGGCCCUUGUGCUCCUUGUCAUCUCCACAGCAACAGACUACUGGAUGCAGUAUCGGUAUUCUGGAAAUGCAGCCAAUCAGGGCCUCUGGAGGUUUUGCAUCAAUCGCAAGUGCCACGCCCACACGCUUACAGUGGCAUUCUGGGAUGCCACACGGGCCUUUAUGUUGCUGUCGGUGCUCGCCUGUUUCGCUGGAGUGAUUUUGGGCGCCACUGCAUCCAAGCGACCCAGAAGCAGUCGAGUUCGGACUGCAGGUUUUGCUCUGCUCCUGUCCGGGUUUUUUGCGCUUUUGGCUUUGGCAAUCUACACUGGAAUGACUGUGCAUUUCUUUGGCAAGCGUUACAUUGAAUGGAAAUUCUCGUGGUCCUACAUCAUUGGCUGGAUCGGCAUCAUAUUAGCUUUAGGGGCGGGUGUCACGCAGCUUUGUGCUUAUCAGAGGACCAUCGCUGAACCUGCGCCUUCACGCGUUUCAGACACCUGAAAUUCUCAAUAAAUCUCGAUCUCCUGUUUAAGCUAUGCAGCAAGACUCAAUCCUCUCAAGACAUUAAUUUGAAACCUUGAUACUGA